AUGCCUGAGAGGGUGAGGCGUGAUGGGAGCAGUGAGACGUCGGAGUAUAGUCUGAGAGCGACGGGGAGUGGCCGCGAUGGCAUCGAUUGCCUUGUGCCACCAGCUUACUUCCGACAGCCGGUGCCUCUGCAAGAAGUUCGCACGCACUAUGUGAUUCGUGGUGGCGACAGCACCGAAGACGCCGUUACUUCCCCCACGAAACGGGUGGACGUUCUCCUUGACGAGGACGCGAAGGAGGACACCAAGCAGAAUCUGCUGAAGGCGCUCGUUGGCCAGCCGGAGCACCGGUGUAGUUUAUCGUCUGUGGUACCCUGUGUAGAGGACGCUGUCGCCUUGCGCCUCGUCGGAACGCACUGCAAUGCGUCCCACGUGGCAUCCCCGCAGCUGAUGGUGCAGAUUCUCUCGGUCGUGCUGUCGGUCCGCACGAGCCCGGAACGUGAGAGCAUCGGCUGCAUCGCCAGCAUUGAUUUGAGCCACACAGUGCUGGGAGCCGUCGGCGUUGACGGGCCCCCGCUCCGCUUCGGCGCGGAUGACAACCAACACCCACAACCCGCCACAAACAUUGUGUUUUUCCCCGAUGAAGGGCGCAGGCGUGGCACGAUGAAGCGGGAGCGACUUGACGCGCUGGCGCUGCGCAGCCUCGCCCUCGCGUACAUUGCGCCGCUGCUGUGGGUGCCGGGGCUCGGUCACUUUAGAAUCAGGGAGCUCGUGUGCCGCCACUGCUGCCUAGGGGACCGCGAUGCCGACGCCCUUGCGUUCAUUCUGCGCAAGCGCCGCUCUGCCCACCACAUGUGCGUGUUAGAGCACAUUGAUCUUUCCUUCAACAAUAUCACCGACAGUGGCGCCGACGCUCUGAAAAAAGCGGUCAAGUACAACAGGCACGUCAAGGUUUUGUGCCUUGCGGGGAACAGGGGCAUCGCGAAGAUGCAGACUCUCGAUAUUAUACGGGAGCGUCUAGCGAAGAAUCGUGAAGGGCGAUCCAAUUUGACUGCGUUGCAGCACUUGAAGUGGCUCGUGAAGGGGCGAUAG